AUGCCUUACAAUACGCGCCGCAAGUCGCUCUCUCUACCCAGUCUGGGCAUCCACGUUCCCAUGACACACGCCGCUCGCGCUGCUGCUGCUGCUGCCUCCAAGAGCGCUUCACGGCCAUCGUCGUCCUCUUCUGCCUCGCCCGCCUUGUCGCCACCCACAUCUGGCACCGAGGGCUCCGAAUCGCAUCCCAGCAAGCGACAGAAGCGAUCGCACGCCGACGACGUUGCCAUUGAGCAGACACCGCCUCCUUCGCCAAGACCGGACUCGAGCCUCGACCUAGACAUCGAGCAGUCCAAGAUUGACCUCGAGGCGGUAAAAGACGACAUUGUCGAGGCUGUUAUUAUUCAACUACAGUCAACCGGAAACCGACCUCAUCUUGUCAAGGAGCUGGCGACCGUUCUGGCUCAACGUCUCGCCUCUGUCCAACACUCCGCCAACCCCUGUGCCAUUAUUUCCUCACGUUUGGCUUCGUAUCUGAAGCGCACAUGCUGGAGCGCUCAAAAACCAUGCCCUCUUGCCAAAGAACUCGAGAGCGUCCAUCCUCGGAGAACCUACUUCUUCCUCACUACCUGCCCUCGUCAGCCUAUUCCAGACCCCAGCUCCGUCGUGCCCUCUCGUCGCGCCCUCGAUACUCCUUCGGUAUCGCUGACGGACGAUUCCGGUUCAGAUGACACGGAUGCUCGACGGCGUGAGCUCAGCCCAUCGCCCGAGGUGGAUCUGUCGGAUCACAACUUUGACGAAGGCGACGAUGACCUUACCAUGCCCGCCACUCCCAUUGGCUCUCUUCCCUCCCAUCACCGCUACGUACCAAACCGCCGCGACAGCCGUCGCAACUCGCCGCCUCUGGAAAAGGAUGAGCGCGAGUUCACCCAGACGGCUGAUUUCUUGCUGAAACGCAAGUUUACGGAAGAGGCGCCUGUUCCCGAUACCAACGACCGCACCCAUACCUCCGAGUAUGGCUACCGCGAUGACUUUUGGUUCGGCGAGCACCUCAUGCUUAGUUCGACUGCCUCCCUCACCAGCCCCGCCAUGAAGCCGAUGUCGACCAUGACACCGAGCGCGCGCAAAGACGAAGAGGCAGACAACUGGCUGAAGCUCAGCAAGCUUAUGGAAUGGGAUAGACCAUGCGAAAGCAUCGAGAUUGACGAGAUCGACUGCUUGUUUGACGCAUGCUGA